ACCAGAUACUCUUACCAAUUGCUGUAAGUCGAUUCAACAUAUCGAAGGAAUUUCAACAUCCCGCUCUCCAUUACUUAAGCAAUGAGAGAGUAUCAUGGCUUCUCUUGGUGGUAACAUUUUACCCCCUGACCCAUAUACAAAUAUCUAUCUUGCUGGAGUAGUAGUUGUCUUAUUGGUAGGCGUAUGCUACUCUACAAUACUUUCGAAGAAAGCAAAAGACAGCGAGAAUCCUGGUCUCGUACAGUCGUUAUGGCUUUUCUUCUAUACAUGCUUCCUCAAACCGCAUGAUGGCGACAACAAUGGCAACCAGCAGGAUGCCCUUGAAAGCUUUUACAAGACGCAGGCCGGUGCGUACGAUGCGACGAGGAAGGCCCUCCUAAAGGGUCGCGAGGACAUGUUAGCUCUCGCAGCUGCUCAGCUCUCUUAUCGAGCAACACAGGGUGGCGAGAAGAAGGGACGUGUUUGGGUAGACGUUGGUGGAGGGACUGGUUGGAACAUUGAAACUAUGUCCAAAUUCGUCGAUGUUGCCCAAUUCUUUGACAGCGUUUACCUGGUUGACUUCUCUCCGUCUCUCUGUGAAGUCGCUCGCAAGCGUUUCGAGAGACUAGAGUGGAAGAACGUCAAAGUUAUCUGUCAAGAUGCAAGGAAAUUCCGCUUAGAAGACCACGAGCCUUACCAAGGUAGGCGCGCCUCCGGUUCACCGAAUCGGAACUACUUCCUCCAGGAGAGACCCAGACAUGGCGGUGCCGACUUGAUCACUAUGUCAUACAGCUUAUCUAUGAUUCCUGACUACUAUUCUGUUAUUGAUUCGCUGCCGUCUUUACUGGCUGCGAAUGGUAUAGUUGGCGUGGUUGACUUUUAUGUUCAAUCUCAAGUCGAUAUUAGCUUCCGAAAUUAUACUGGUGGCCAUGUUAACCGCCAUGUCAAUUUCUUCGGCAGGACAUUCUGGCGUGCGUGGUUUGAUAUUGACCGAGUUGCUCUCGAACCUGGAAGACGUGACUAUCUUGAGUAUAGCUUCGGUACAAUCUUGAAUGUAAACAACCGAAACUACGCUCUGGGUGCAAUUCCCUAUUAUAUAUGGCUGGGAACUCAUAAACAACCAGCAUCAUCUAGCCUCCCACACGAAAUUGUUGAAAAGCUGGAUGCUCUGGUUACCGAGUCACCAUAUAUUUACCCAGAUAAUCACUCAGCCGCUCUGUCUCGCGCAGUCGAAAGAGCUACGCUAGAGAUCCGAUCUAAGGCUUUCGACGCCGCUAUUGUCAAUCUUUCUUCUAACUUGCCUCUCCCGUCCUUUUUCUAUCAGAACCAUCACUAUAGGAUUUAUUAUGACGAUCAACUCAAGAAACAUACUCAAUUCAACGACGAGUAUAUCUAUGCCUUUACUUGGGAAGAUACUCGUGUCGAUGAACGAAUCCUCAAACUGAAGUCGGAUGAUGUGGUGUUGGCUAUCACCAGCGCCGGCGAUAACCUUCUUUCUUAUGCUCUACAGGGACCGGCUAGAAUACAUGCGGUCGAUUUAAAUCCGACGCAGAACCACCUUCUCGAGCUCAAAGUAGCCGCAUUCUCUUCUCUCCCCUAUGGAGACUUUUGGAAGAUUUUCGGCGAGGGCAAGCAUCCCGAGUUCCGGUCCUUGCUUAUCUCAAAAAUGUCCCCUCACCUAUCUAGUCGUGCGUUCCAAUACUGGCUUAACAAUCACCACAUCUUCACUAAGACUCAGGGUGGUCUGUACGACACGGGUGGAUCGAAACAUGGAAUUCGCAUCUUCCGCUGGAUUUCUCGCGUAUUUGGAUGCCGAUCCGCUGUUAAAGAGCUACUCGCUGCCAAGACCUUAAACGAACAGCGUGAAAUCUGGCGCAACAAGAUUCGCCCGGCACUCCUUUCCCGCCUAGUCUCCAAGUUCAUCGUAAGCCAAGAAUCAUUCCUGUGGACGGCACUAGGAGUGCCCAAGAAUCAGCUCGCAAUUAUUGAAGAAGACCAUGCUGUAUCGGAAGCAGUUUGCGGUCCUGGCGCACGAGCUAAGAACACGCGCUCCCACGCCAUCUGGGAGUACAUGGUCAAUACGCUGGACCCGAUGGUAGAGUCGACGCACAUCGCGGCUGACAAUCCGUACUACCUAGUGUGUCUCGACGGUAAAUUCAGUCGAACCUGCCAUCCAGACUACCUCUCACCUCAAGCGCACGCCCGACUCUCUCGCUCGGGGGCGUUCGAUGGGCUACGCAUCCACACGGAUGAGAUCGACGAAGUGCUCGCACGCAUUGCGUCUGGUACCCUGACAGUAGCUGUUGUUAUGGAUAGCAUGGACUGGUUCGAUCCAGGAUCAAACGCUGCUGCGGCACAAAUUUCUAAGCUCAACCGGGCGCUACGCAUAGGCGGACGUGUUAUGCUACGCUCCGGGGGUCUCCGGCCUUGGUAUCUAGCCGAGUUCGAACGGCACGGGUUCUCAGCUAAAUGCAUGGGCGAACGUACGGGAGGCAAGUGCAUCGACCGCGUGAACAUGUACGCAAGCUGCUGGAUCUGCACCAAGCGCGAAAACCUGCCUCCGUCGACCCCAGAGACGGAAUCGGUGGCUGGUUCCGAGAUCACCUCUUUACAGAUUUGAGAUGUAUUCAAAUACAUUAGAGAAGAAUAAGCCGCGACGGUCUCUAAAGGGCGUCCCAGGAUGAGACUUACUCAAUUACAUUCUAGUCGCUCAUUACCAUAUAUUAUACCAUUUAGUGAUUGAUAUAUGGAACUUGGUGUGGCUCAGAUUCACUUAACAGGUACCCAAACUAUUCACAAAUAAGUUUGAAAACUUUAUGAUAACAUUUAUAAUAACUAUCAAAUUUACCUAAACUACC